AUGGCGUGGGGAAAGAAUGACGAGAAUGUUCCGCGGCAGAGAACAGAGGAAAGGCCAUCCUCGUUGUCAGAACCAUUGCCACGUGGGAAGCUUCCCCAGGAUCUUCAGAAGAUUGUGGACCGGGAAGAUGACUUCUUUGAUUCACUUUAUGAGGGCCAGACUGCCGACUCGACCGAUACCAACUAUCGAUAUGCCGCCUACGCCAGUCGCGCGCGAACCAUUCUACUGAGUGCCCAUCGUUACGUUGCCUACACCUCGGACAUUGGAGAGUCGUUCAGACCUGUCGCGCAUCCGUGGCUGGUGAGGGGCGCAUAUGGCAUAUCAUGGGCAUAUUUGAUUGGAGAUGUGACCCACGAGGGCUACAAGGCAUAUUGCCGAAAUCAGCAACUACUUCAUCCCAGUCCCGAAGUUGUCAAGCAGGCCACUGGUACGAAAUCGAAUGUGACACCUGACACGGUUUCGGCCAUGAGCAAGAACGUACACAUCCCGGCCAUAGAGGAUUGGCGAGCAGUGAUGGUGCAAAGAGCAGUCUUCCAGAGCAUCGCGAGUAUGGGCCUUCCUGCCUUCACAAUACACAGCAUUGUGCGAUAUUCCGGUCGAGCUAUGAAGGAUGUCAAGAAUGCCAGGCUGAGGACUUGGGGUCCAAUAGGUCUUGGCCUUGCAGCUGUCCCGGCCUUACCCUACAUGUUUGACGAACCCGUGGAAAAGGCUACGGACUGGCUGUUUUACAAUGCUUUCAAAGCGAUUGGGGGUGAGCAGGCUGCAGGUGAGCCGAAGCACGGACACGGCCACGGACACGUCCAAAGAGGGAGCCUGAAGACGUCGAACGAGGCGAAGAAAGAAUUCUCAAUCGUCCACAAAGCAUCUACAGGCACAUCGUUCCGCAAUGCGUUCUUGCACUCCCUCCAGCCGCUACUCAAAGCGCCUCACCACUUCCUCGUCUCAAGGCCCUUCCUCCUAAUCUUCGGCCUCUAUUCAUCCACUUACUUCACCGCAAACGCAAUCGACACCAUCACCUCCACCCUGUGCGCCCAAUCUUCCACAACUGUGACCACCGGCCCCACGAAAUUCCUCGCCACAUCCGCCGUCAACAUGACCCUCUGCGUCUACAAAGACAGCCACUUCGCCCGCAUGUUCAGCACCGCCGCCGCUGCCACCGCAGCCGCCACCGGCUCCAACCCCGCCACAUGCACAAUCCCCAAGAUAAGCUACCUCCUCUUCUCCCUCCGCGACUCCCUCACCAUCUUCGCAUCCUUCAACCUGCCGCCUCUCAUCGCACCCCACCUCGGCCCUCUCUCCGCUCACCUCCCCUCCCUCUUCGCCCCGCUCCUCUCUACGCCCUCGUCCCGGACCAACACCGCGCAAUUCCUGGCGCCGGCACUGAUGCAGCUCGUCAGCACGCCCCUCCACCUCCUCGGCCUGGACAUGUUCAACCGGCAGCGAAGGCUGGGCUCCCAGCAGAGGUGGAGCAGGGUGAGGAGGGACUGGGCCGUCAGCGCCCUGGCGAGGAUGGGGAGGAUCGUGCCGGCGUUCGGGGUGGGCGGCGUGGUCAAUGCGGCGGCGCGGAGGGGGUUGAUGCGCAAGAUUGAGGCGUGA